ACUUUUGUUGUUUGUUGCCAUAUUGGGAAAUACACGCGUUCCGGUAAAGUAUUGCAUGAAUCAACGUAAGUGUAAGAUUUUGCACUUAAUUUCUGUAAAUAAUUUCAUUACAACUUAAAUUCUAGACACUUCACUGCAUUGUGGGUUAAAUGCUUAAGUUUUAUCGAUUUUAGAUAGGAAUUUGUCAGCGUCGACAUUUUCAAUGCUGACGCCGAGGCGGAAUUAGUCCAAUUAAUGCCAAAAUAUAAAUUAGUUUAGACAGUCAGAUGAGAUUGAGAUUGUUAUAUUUCGUUGAUUAAUUUUCAAAUUUUGGUAUUGUUGAGAAAGCUCCCCCGGGGUUUCCGCCAUCUUGGUUGACAACCCAGUUAAUUCUGUCACUAAAUCGAUCCCUAUGCCUAACCUGAACCCUAAAACUAAAGCCUAAAUCAAUCAUUGAAAUCAAUCCCCAUGCCUAACACUAGUAACACUAACCUGAAGCCUAAGCCUAAAUUGAUCCCUCAACCUAACCUAAACCCUCAAAAAAUUAAAAUGUAAACAAAAAUUGCAGUAAAAACACUCAUUACUUUGACUACCAGUCACACUACCAGUAAUAGUCUAUAGUCUAUAGUAGUAUUCAAUAGUUAUGUACAAUUAAAAUUAAGAAAAUGAGAGUUAUUAUCAUGUCUUAAUUCUGACAGUGUACAUUAGUAAGUUAGUAAUUAACUGUAAGUUUAAGAAAGAUGUCAAUACAAUAACCAUUCAUAGUGGAUGUCAAAAAUGUGUUGCAUCAAAAGUCAAAAAUCUAAUUGCCUGUCAGUCACUGUGUCAUAAGAAUCAAGAAAAAGAAGUUUGUCUUAAUUGUGUGGCUUGUUUGUGGUUUGGAUGCAUCAGCACAGGAUAUAUUUAUCUGUUGUCGUAAACCCAAGGACAGUUUCUGGGUAAUCCCUACAAUGAAAGAAGUCAAUAAGUACUUUUGCUUUAAAAUCAAAACAAACUGUUGAUUUGGUGCUUGACAAUUUGAAACUAGUGAAAAUCAUAGUGAGGGGCAAUAAUGCCCAUAAUCACUAUUUUCUUUGGUAGAAGUUUAUUUUAUGUGAACUGUAACUUACAGUCUUUUUAUUUUAGUGGAGUGGGGAGGAGGGUUGGCAAUCUCAAGAGCUGCUGAGUGGUAUCACUUGUGGCUAUGCUGCUGUUAUGCAACUUGUUUAUGAUUACUUUACUUUCAAAUAUACACUUCUCAAUCUCUAUGACAUUGUUCCUGGAAAUAGGGUUGAGAAUGGGAUCAAGCUUUUUUUAAAAAAAAUUAAGUAAAAUGAAAUAAUUCACUUAAACUUAAUUUGGCAAGGCAGGGACACUUGAAUCCUUGCUAUUAAUAGUGAGCAUAUGCAUAAUUUUGAAAAAUUAUAACACUGAAACCCACAUUGUAUACUUUAAAAGUGUUCUCUGAACUAGAGGAUUAUAUUCUUGGCUUCUUUAUUUUACAUCACCUGUGUCAAUAGUUUUCUGCUACAAUUUCCUUGAAACUUAAAAAUCAUAAAACUUUAUGUAAAUAUUGAACUCUGUCCAACAAUACUAACAUGAACAGCCAUAUAUAAUGUCUUCCUGGAUUGUUAACUAUGACUAUAUGAUUACCAAAAUAAUUUAUUUUCAGAAUUAGAUAUUUAAACAUGGCACCAAAGAAGAAAGAAGAAGUGGAAAAGCCACCACUUAUUGGUCGAGUAGGUACCAAUUUAAAAAUUGGUAUAGUUGGCCUACCUAAUGUGGGGUACGUCAAAUUUUAUUUAAAUAUAGGCCUAAUAUCUUAAUUAGCCUGUUUGGAUGUUUGGUAACAUAUUUGUAUUGUUAGAUUUAAUGGUACUGAUUUUUUUUUUUAAAUGUCUCAGCUUAUUCAUAGAAGUCAGUAGUAAUAUGUCAUCACUUCAACUAAUUUCAUAGUAGUUUUCUGACACAACAUAUAUUGUUCAGUACAAUUUUGAGAAUGUACAAUACAACAAACUUAGACUUUAAGGGUUAAAAAUGCAGUAUUUGUACAAAGUAAUAUGAAUUGAGAUGUUCAAAGUCUUGGACUGAGUUGUUCAAUGUCUUGAUAACCAUAACAUAGAAAUAAAAUUGUACUCAUUUCGUUCAAUAUUUCAGAAAAUCAACCUUUUUCAAUUGCUUAACUAAGAGUCAAGCUCAGGCAGAAAACUUCCCUUUCUGCACCAUUGACCCCAAUGAAAGUAAGAAGUUCUGUUCUGAAAUUGUUUUCUUGUCAUUCUAAUAGCACUAGGAUUAGUAGUGAUUCUAUCCUGUUGUUUUUUUUUCCCUCUCUUUAGCUCAUGAAAUAUUCCAUUUUUAAGAAGUACAGGCUAGUUUGUUUUUUUUUAAAAUUGUGUACAUGGAUAUUUAUUCCAGAAGUAUAGUUCCCUAGAUUUAAUAGUUCAUGUGAACUUAUUAUUUAUUCUGCAUCAACAGUUAAAGAAAAGAUUUUCUAUAAUUUUGUAAACUGUUUUAUUUUAGGCCGAGUGCCAGUACCUGACAAGAGAUUUGACUUUCUGUGUGAAACAUAUGAACCUUUGAGGUAUGUUGAUACUUUACAUUUGAGAUUAACAAUUGAAUGCUUGAAAUUUAAAUUAUUAUGAUUUUCAUUUCAUCCCUGUUACAGUUGUGAGAACUUGUCUCUUUUUUAAAAAUAAGUAUUUCACAUUCACCAGUAGAAGAGUAAGUCACUUGUAAAGUUUUUGAUUAUGUUCUUUUUUGUGUUCAUUUUUCUGCUUAGCAAAGUUCCAGCUUUCCUCAAUGUUGUAGACAUUGCUGGUCUCGUGAAGGGGGCCCAUGAAGGGAAAGGUCUUGGCAAUGCCUUUUUGUCAAAUAUCAGCGCUUGUGAUGCUAUAUUCCACGUGAUUCGUAAGAAUUAGUUUAUUUCUUUUUAUUAUUUUGUUUUCCAUUUCUACAUUGGAAGAAAUUGUUUAACUGCAUUUAAAAGCAAAUCACUUCAACUUCUUGUUUAACUGAUUAACUUACCAGAUUAAAAAACCCGGUGUGACCAAAUUAAAUCUUGGUCACAUUUUCUUAUUUUAGGUGUAUGUAGAAAUUCAGCUGCAGUUUUCUUAAUAAUAAGCAUAUUCAAAUGAUUAAUAAACCAUUUUGUAGGUAACUGAAUUGUCUAUAAUAUGAACAUAAAACAUUUGUACAGUUAAGUUUUGUUAGGAAAUAAUUAAUUGUUAAAUUAGUAUUUAGAACAGAAAAACAAAAAAAUAUAUAUAACUGUGCCAACUUACGUAUAAAUUUUAAAUUUCCAAGUCAUUUCAAGCCUUUUAUGGUGCUUUACAAAUAGUAUAUCCAAUAGAGCUGGCUUGUGGAAAAUCAUGAAGAAAUACGGAUGCCCAGACAAGUUCACAAACAUCAUCCAUCAGCUGCAUGAUGGUAUGAUGGCCCAAGUACAGGACAACGGUCAAUCAUCUCCAGCAUUCCCCCUCACAAACGGUGUAAAACAGGGUUGUGUUCUUGCUCCCACACUCUUCAGUAUUAUGUAUUCCUCAAUGCUCUCUGAUGCGUUCAAGGACUCCGCAUGGGCUUGCCAAUCCGGUUUCGUACUGAUGGGUCAGUAUUUAACCUUAGGAGGCUUCAAGCUAAAACCAAGGUCAAACAUACCACGAUCAACGAGCUUCUGUUUGCAGACGAUUGUGCCCUUAAUGCUCCAUCAGAAGCCGUCAUGCAACACAGCGUUGAUAUCUUCUCAGAGGCGUGCAAUAACUUUGGCCUCACACUCAACACAAAGAAGACUGAGGUGAUGUAUCAGCCAGCUCCCAGUAAGCCCUACGUUGAACCCAACAUCAUCAUCAGUGGACAGCGUCUCAACCCGGUGGUUAAAUUUACUUACUUGGGCAGCACCCUCUCUAGAUCUGUCGUCAUGGAUGAUGAAAUGAAUGGCAGACUCGCAAAAGCUAGUGCCCUAUUUGGCAGGCUCCGCAGCACUGUUUGGGACAGGAGAGGUAUCAGUCGUGAAACAAAGCUCAAGGUCUAUAGCGCAGCAGUCCUCCCGACACUGCUUUAUGGAUGUGAAACGUGGACUGUCUACCAGCGUCACGCCAAGAAACUGAAUCAUUUUCACACUACCUGCCUCAGGAAACUCCUCGACAUCAGGUGGCAAGACAAAGUCCCCGACACCGAGGUCCUCGCUAGAGCGAACCUACCUAGUAUCUUCACCACUCUGAUGCAGUCUCAGCUCCGUUGGAUGGGACACGUAGCCCGUAUGGCAGACCACCGGCUCCCGAAACAAAUAUUCUUUGGAGAACUCACGACAGGCAAGCGCUCCCAAGGAGGCCAAAGAAAGCGUUACAAAGACUCACUGAAAGUGGCACUAAAGGCCUUCAGCAUAAACCCUACUCAAUGGAUGCAGACAGCCCAGGACAGAGCCAGAUGGAGAGCUGCUGUCAAGAAGGGGGCUAAAUCCCAUGAAGCUAAGAGAAUAACCACAGCUGAGACACGCAGGUUUGUCCGAAAGAGCAACAUUAGGUCAUCGCCUGAAGCAACUAUUCCAUGCCCACGGUGUCAUAGAUUAUUCCGAGCAAGGAUCGGUCUAACAAGCCACCUAAGAGCUCACCGUAAUCCCAACCUCCCCCGCCCGCCCCUAACCGGAUGAUUCGAUGGUCCUUGUCGACUUCGACGGACGAACAACAAAAAUAUCCAAUAAUAAGAAAUACGAACCAAAGAACACAAAAAUUGAAUAAUAUUUAAGCUUCCAAUCACUUAUAUGCCUUUAGUAACCCUGCUGCUUUUUGCCAUGGUAAAUAAGUAGUAAUAUUUUGUAACUAGCUUGGAAAUUAAGUCAAAAUAAAUUAACAGUUCGUUUUUUAAAACAUUUUGCCGAUAGCAUGGGUUUGGAAUAUAAACAUCCUGUCAAUAUAUUAAAAUCUCGAAGCAAAUGGGAAUGAAAUAAUAUAAAUAUUUGAAUCGAUUUACUACAAUACAAACAUUGGCGCUACCAGCGGCUCGUGGCCAUAACAGAAGAAACACCGGGCCGGUCGGCUCAUGGUAGUUAACCAGUUAAAUAAAAAGCUUGCUAAUAGCAUUAUGUACUUACUGGUUUAUGAUGACAUGCAAUUUUACAUUAUUAUUUUUGAAUAUAUAGCGCUUAUCAUUUAAAUAAAAUGGAUUUUAUUUUAAAGAAAUAAAAACCCAUUCACUUUGUCAUAUUUUGGUACUUGCUCCCUAUUAUUUGGAUGAGUCAUAAAAUACAUCAAAGUGUUUUUGCUUAUUUAUGACAGGUGCAUUUUCCGAUGAGGAGAUAGUGCAUGUUGAGGGAGAUGUAGACCCAGUUAGAGACCUGGAAAUUAUACAUGAUGAAAUCCGUCUCAAAGAUCUGGAAUAUCUCAACAAACAUUUGGAUCCCUUGGAGAGAAGUGUCACUAGAGGGGCUGGGGACAAGAAAAAGAAGGAAGAAUUAGUGAGUUAAUUAAUUCAUCUCUUUUUAUCACAUUCACAGACCUGCAAACCUUUCUGAUUUUGUCGGAAUCAUGCAGAUUUUUUACCCCUCAUUCCGACCUACCAACAACCCCCUUAAAAUUCCGAUUUUUCGAACUUUAUAAUUUUUCACCCGUCAUAAAAAUCCGAAAGCGAUAAAUCUAAAAAAAAAAAAAUCGGAUACAACAGGAAGUCAGGAAGUGUUUCAUUUGUUUUUACGAAGUGCAUACAAGUCCAUCAACCGGACGAAUAAGUGAAUAAAUUCUCGAGAUAUUCGCUCGGUUAGUAUUUAUUCAGCCAAGUCACAUGACCACGGUAACAAAGUUGCGUGAGAUAUUUGUCCGUCAGCCUUGUCAUGUGACCGGUAAUAGUUGAUCAAAGUUUACGGUACUUCAUUUCAAAUAAUUUAAUAUAGUCUGGGCAUUUACAUGAAAAAGAAAUAUGUUCAAUUAUAAAAAAGAAAUAAUAGAUCCAUUGCUGGUACUGGUAUACAUAAUGAACAAUUGGUUAAAAAGUGACAAUGUUUUUUUUAUAAAGCUUGGCAUGCCCGCCAGAUAAAUAUCUCCCGCACUAUGUGUCUGGUCGCCUGACGUAUAGACCCUGACUUGUUUUUAUCGAAGUGAACAGCGACCUUCAAAUCAUUCUUCAAUCAUCAAUUGAUCCGAUCAUGAUUUAUCCUUUUUACAAGGCUAAAAAAUAAUUCUGACUUUUUUUGUUUGUUAAAGUUUUUCUUAAUUAAAUGGUUAAAUCUAUUGAAAGUGAUGGGUACAAUGAUAUUAAUAAACAUUGAAGGAAAUUUUAAUGUCAGAGUCAAAGAAAUGUUUCCAGACUCGCUGAACACUAGAAGAAUGUAAAGAAAAAUUAGAAUGAAACAAGAGCAAGCAUGAAAGUUGAUACUUUUUCUAACUUGCUUGUAACUAAAAUCAACUGCAAUGCUAACCUUCAGUUGUUUAAAGAGCUGUUGGACACGUGCAAAAAGGCCACUAGGGAUAUGCUGGAAAACUGAACUCUUACUAAGAGUCUCGGCAGCCUUUUGUGUGUGUGUACAUAUGUAAAUAAAAUGGAUCUUCUGUUCAGUACUGUAUAUAUCUGUAUAUAACAUUUCCAGUAAUGUUUUUCUCAUGUUCUGUGGUGUUCUAUGGAGGUAACUUUAUAUUUCUUUAUUUACUAAAAAAAAAGGCUUGUGCAUUAGUAUAUAGAUCUUAAACCAACCCCCCACAAGGCGCCUCCCCUGGAGGGAAGCGGUUGUUAUAGGUUCAAAUUGUGCCUGGUUAUAUGCAUCAGUCUUGUAGCCAUUCAUGUUUACUAAUAACAUCACAUUGGAGAUGGUGUUGGUGGGUCGUCGAGCGCGAGCUCUAAAUACCUCCCCCAACAUCUGAUAGGGUUACAGAAACCAUUGAUCACCAACGGUGGCGAAAAAUCCUUAGGUGUGCCAGCAGAGGAGGCAAAAACCUUUUGUAGGCUCAUAUAGGAGGCAACAACCUUUUGUAGGCUCAUAUAGGAGGCAACAACCUUAUGUAGGUUUAUAUAGGAGGCAAAAACCUUUUGUAGGCUCAUGUAGGAGGCAACAACCUUUUGUAGGUUUACAUAGGAGGCAAAAACCUUUUGUAGGCUCAUAAAGGAGGCAAAAACCUUAUGUAGGCUCACAUAGGAGGCAAAAACCUUAUGUAAGUUUACAGAGGAGGCAAAAACCUUAUGUAGGCUCAUAGAGAGUUUAACCCCUUUUUAAAUGUUUUACGUAAAAAAACAAUUUUAAAUGUUUGCCUUAAAAAUACAGAACAUUAUCGCCUCAUGGGUAUUUGCCACACUAGCACAAACUUUUUCGUUCCGAUUUUACACUUAAAAGCUUAAACAGUUGUAAAUUACUUCUAAAAUUAAACCUAAACACUCUGCAAGUUUUUCCUUGGAUUUCACAGAUCUGUGAAAAAAAAUCACAAAUGCAAAUUUGUUAGGUUCCAAUGAAAAAUUGCGAAUGCAUUAGGUAUUACUUUUUUUAUUCUUGUUUUUUUUUUUUUAAUUUUUGAAAGAACAAAGGUUGUGUUUUUCACGAUUAUUUCAUUUAUUGAUUAUUAAAAUUGUAUGAUAAGUUUAAAAAAAGAACAUUCUGUUUUAUUCUUGUGUUCUGUUUUUCAGGAUGUCCUAAAAAAGGUUCAAGAUAUACUAAAUGAUAACAGAUGGGUUCGGAAUGCCAUGUGGGACGUAAAAGAGGUAUCAAAUUCAUUUAAUGUGAAAUGCAUUUUGAAAGAAAAAAAAAAGUUGUUGAAUAUAAUGAUUGAUCUUUUAGUCAUUGAAAACUGUUCCUCUUAACUGUAUUUUCUUGACAUCUCAAUUAAAUACUGCAAAGAAGAAGGUUGAAACAUAUAAAUUAUUAAAUACCAGUAACAUAUAUAACGCAUAAUGUUAUCAUUCCUCAGAUUGAAGUGCUGAAUCAGCAUUUGUUUCUUACUUCCAAGCCUGUGAUUUACCUUGUGAAUCUGUCAGAAAAAGAUUAUACAAAAUGUUAUGCUCAUGUCAUUGACAUGGAGUAUGUUCUGGGAGUGGCCUCACCGGAGUAUGCCUCUAGGCUCACGUCUGCUUUUGUGUCACUUCAAGAGAAAAGAAAUUUGUAGGGGAGUGACUUUAGAGAUACUAAGAAUUUACUGGCAAAUCUUUUAUUUGUGAAGAUUUAAACAUUUUUAAUUAAUUAUAUUUUAAUGGGUAAUUAAACUUCUGUUUUGAUUUCUAAAAGGUUAUUCAAACCAAGUGGAUUAUGAUUAAUAUUUGGCUGAACUUAUGGAGUAUAUUAUAUUAUUAAAUAAUGUCAUAAAAUAAUUUAAAAGUUGAAACUUUAAAUUUUUUAGUUAAACCAUCUGAAUUGUAAUCACAAAAUUCAAGUUUUUAAUUAUUUUACUCCUAAAACUAGGCUGUUGAAGAUCAAAGAGUGGAUUGAUACGAAAGAUGCAGGAGCAAUGGUAAUUUUGUUUAGUGGUGCCCUCGAGUCCAAGUUGUUGGACAUGCAGACACAGGAAGAGAGAGAUGCGUGUCUCAAGGAACUGGAGACAACAAGGUAAAAAGUUAAUUUGUCUGCUUGUUUAAGCUUUGAAAUAUCUUUUUUUUUAAUUAAUCUAUAAAUCAAAUCGAAGGAAAUGCUAUUUAUGUAUCAUUGAAUGCUUGAAGUAGUUUAGAAAUGUGAACAUUUUUAUUUCAUCAGUGCUCUUGAGAAAAUAAUUGUGAAUGGAUACAAGGCCUUGAACCUUGUAUAUUUCUUCACUUCAGGAAAGGAUGAAGUAAAAGCCUGGACCAUCCAGGUAAGUCCAUUUCAAACAAUACAAACAAGAAACAUUUUUUGUGAUUUUGAAAAAAAUAAUUCCUUCUGAAUGAUUAUGCAAGCAUACAACAUCUUCUACAGAGACCAAUUAAAUUAUUUACCACAAUACCUAAUAACUCACUUGCUGUCUUCGAAGUUUUCAUCUUUUAACAUUCUCCUCUUCUUAUAAUCUGAAAUGCAUUUUGAAUCUUUUAAACACUGCAGGUUGGAACUAAAGCACCGGGUGCAGCAGGACGUAUUCACACAGACUUUGAGAAAGGCUUCAUCAUGGCUGAGGUCAUGGCCUAUGAAGAUUUCUUUGAACUGAAAACUGAAGCUGAAUGCAAGGUACGCUUCUUUUGUAUGGAACAUGUAUAACACUGAAUUUUAUGGAUGUUUUUGUUUAAUUAAUCUUAUUUCAUCCUUGAAAAUAGGUUGAGAAAAUGAAUUAACCUUUAAUUCCCAAUAAGGAGGUUCUUUGUCUUGAAAGUAAUAGAUACCAAAGAAAAUACUUUUGAUUUUUUAUGAUUUAAAGAAAAUAAUUUAUUAUAUUUUAAAAUAUAAAUUAAUUUUAAAAUGUAUAAAAGCCUGAAUGACCUUCACAAUUAAUCAAGUUUUUUUUUUUGUUUUUUUUUUUUAACUUGAAAUUAACCAAAUGUUUUUUUCUCUAGGCCCAUGGCAAAUAUAAACAGAAGGGAAGGGACUAUGUGGUUCAAGAUGGCGACAUUAUUUUCUUCAAGUUCAAUGCUGGUGCUGGUCUAACAGGAAAAAAGAAAUGAUUUCCAAUUCAUACUAGGUUUUACAAAUACAUUAGGGACAGAAACACCAACAUCAGGUUUCUGAAUUUGUUUCUGGUAGUCUUUUUAACAAAAUAUAAACUUUCAGAGUUCUAAUAUUAAAUUGAAUUGUGACAAGGCUCAAAUAAGGAACAAUGUCUUUCUAAUUUUUCCUCUGUUAAUUAAGUGGGGGCAUUAUGAACCGGUACCUGUAAUAAGAAUUUUUAAAAAUUAUAUGAAACUUUAUUAUUAUUUUAGGGGAUGUAACCACUACUAAGAGCUAACCUUGUCUGUUGCCUCAUCCUGUGUCUAGUAAAUUGAUAUGUUACAAAUUUGUUGAAAAUUAGAGGUUCACAUACAACACACACAUUUGUUCUAGUCUAUUACUCUUCAGAAAAUGUAUUUUAAAUAGUUUUUCUUUUAAAAGUUACUUACAUCUUCAAGAAGAAAAUAAAUUACCAUACAUGGUAGUUGUGGCAGGUUUCUUUCCAACAUCUAACUCAUUUUAGGAGGCUAGAUUUUUUUUUUCUUUUUUUGUAUGAAAGGAUCAUUGUCUGCAGUUUAACUUAUGAAGUGUUAGAUUUCUUAUCAGUAAUGUGUUGGAUUGCUUUAAACUCCAGCAUUGACAAAAAAAUAGAUAAAAUCAAGGGAAGUUUCUUAGCGAAUUUCCUGGGCUAUUUGGAGAAUUUUCUUAACUAUUUUCCUGGGCUAUUCAACUGCAUGAACUGUAAUUAUCAAUUUUUUUAAAUAUUUUUGUGAAAAAAUUAACAUGCUUCAGAUUGUUUCUUUUUAUGUGCAAAGCCCUAUUACUAUUUCAGACAAUAUGGCAGUAACAUUUGCAGUUACAAAAUUUUAAACCAUCAUGUGUAAUUUAGUAACUGGAAAUGUACUUGUGAAGUGUAAGUGUGUAAGAUUUGUUAUUUUUAAUGUUUCACAUUUGACUAUUUUAAUUACCUUAAAAUGAUGAACCAGUUUUAAAAAUCGCAUGACUGUGACAGAAUCCUUAACAUAGCAGGACGUAAAUUAACAGUGAAUUGUAUUUUGAACCUCAUCUUUAAUUUAUGUAGCAGACUGCUAAAAGGUGAAUGUUAGCUUUGAAUGGGUAUCAAUAAAGUUGAAUUUAUUGAUUUUAGAUUGAC